CUGUAUCACUCCUAGGAACGUGUUUAACCCAACAUGGAACCAAUGGCCACCGAAACAGUACUCGUCUUAGGCUUGCCCCACUCAAAUGGUAUUAGAUAAGUACUUAAGGAAGACCCGUUCCUUCGUAGUUAUUCCAAAUGUCCACAAAGAUGGAAACCUCUCGGACCCCAGCUUCUCCCCAUGAAAAUGUUUCUAUGAAUCGGGCCAACAUGUUACGUUCCAUUGAAACCAGAUAUGAGCAGAUGCUUCUUGAUGAAGUUCCCUGGUACUUAAACCUGGUUGCUGAGUUCGCACACUGGGCGCUUCUUGCUGGGUAUCUGGUUAUUCCAGGCACAUUUACUUCACUUCAGAAGUCGGAUGCUCUAGAGAAGAGCCUGGACAAGACUGGGGCUGGUAAAGCCAUCCUCAAUACAAUCCAAAAUCCCCCGCUUGUAGCAAUUGCAGUGUUUCUCUUUUUACUUGGUGCCAUGUUGACUGCCUGGCUCUUCUGGGAGCGAAAAAACAACUAUAUAUGGCUCAUAAACCGCUUGUUUAUUCCAACACUUCUCAAUGCUACAGCAGGGCUGGUCACAUCGCUUGUCAAUAUUUACACAGCAAGGGAAGGAAAUUGGUCGAUUAUGGCAUUAUUGACCAUCAUCACCACCGGCCUUUCUGCUUCAGGGUUUCUGGUUUUGGUGAUUAUCUACAGGUGUGGAAAGCUUGUGAAAAUAAAACAAGAGCAUGACUUUGAAGUCAGCGCUGGCUUCCACAGAGUGAUGCCCUAG